ACAAGCAGCAGAGGGCGCUGUCUGCGCUGCCAGUAGGCGGGCCUUGGCUUCCCGCAGCAAUAAGAAAAAGGAUCGAGGUAAAGCGGCGCAGAGUGGGUGCUUGUAGCGGCCUUCUCUAGUCCGUCCUGCGGCCGAUACCGCCUCAUGAAGGGAUAUCCAUGCUGACUGACCGCAGGACAUGGGAGUCCUCGAAAUCACUGACCAGCAUCCACUGGUCCAAGCAAUAUUUAAUCGCAACGUAGAAGAAGUACAACUACUUUUGAGCCAGAAGGAAAAUGUCAACGUUUUGGACCAAGAGAGGCGCACUCCUCUGCAUGCUGCUGCCUACUUAGGAGACACCCCAGUGAUGGAACUAUUAAUACAGUCAGGUGCUAAUGUUAAUGCAAAGGAUUCCAUUUGGCUAACUCCCCUGCACCGAGCUGCAGCAGCACGAAAUGAGAGGGCUAUCUCUUUGCUCGUAAAGCAUUCUGCUGAUGUCAAUGCGCGAGACAAGAACUGGCAAACUCCACUACAUGCUGCUGCUGCGAACAGAGCAACUAAAUGUGCAGAGACCUUAAUGGCUCUGGUUAAAAAUGUUAACAUAGCAGAUCGCACAGGGCGUACUGUACUUCAUCAUGCUGUACUUGGUGGCAGUGUAGAGAUCGUCUUGAUGUUGUUGAACAGAAGGGCACACCACAGCAUAUGUGACAAAAAGGAGCGGCACCCCAUAAUGUAUGCAUCUUACCUGGGACACCUGGAGAUUACAAAGCUGCUGAUUUCUCGGGGAGCUGAUGCUAUGUCAAAGGAUAAAAACGGUUACACACCCCUCCACACAGCUGCUUCAACUGGGAGGAUUGACAUUGUGAAGUAUUUACUGAAAUUAGGUGUUGAGAUUGAUGAGCCCAAUUGCCACGGGAACACUGCCCUACACAUUGCCUGUUACAUGGGUCAGGAUGCUGUGGCCAAUGAACUAGUCAACUAUGGCUCCAAUGUCAACCAGCCCAAUGAGAAAGGUUUUACCCCUUUGCAUUUUGCUGCUGUUUCCACGAAUGGGGCGCUGUGUCUGGAGCUGUUAGUAAACAAUGGAGCUGAUGUCAAUUAUCAGAGUAAAGAAGGAAAGAGCCCUUUGCACAUGGCUGCCAUACAUGGAAGGUUUACACGUUCCCAGAUUCUAAUUCAGAAUGGUGGUGAAAUUGACUGUGCUGAUAAAUAUGGCAAUACUCCUCUGCAUGUUGCUGCUAGAUAUGGGCAUGAGCUGCUAAUUAGUACUUUGAUGACAAAUGGUGCUGACACUGCAAGACGUGGAGUUCAUGGCAUGUUCCCCCUGCACUUAGCUGUUCUUUAUGGGUUCUCAGACUGUUGCCGUAAGCUACUUUCCUCAGGUCAGUUGUACAGUAUAGUGGCCUCACUGAGCAAUGAACAUGUGCUUUCUGCCGGCUUUGAUAUCAACACACCUGACAACCUCGGGAGGACUUGUCUCCAUGCUGCUGCUUCAGGAGGAAACGUUGAAUGUCUUAAUUUGUUGACUAGCAGUGGCGCAGAUCUAACGAGACAAGAUAAAUUUGGAAGGACUCCGCUGCACUAUGCCGCUGCUAAUGGCAGCUACCAGUGCACAAUGACUCUGGUGAAUGCUGGCGCUAGUAUUAAUGUGGCAGACUAUAGAGGCUGCACUCCCCUACAUUAUGCUGCUGCUUCAGAUACCUACAGGAGGGUUUCCAAUACGGGUUCUAAGGCUUCAACCCAGACAGAACAGUCCAGAUCAAUGGAAUCUAAGUCUGUCACAAGAAAGGAGUCGGAGGAAGAAGAUGAAAAAGCUUCACUGGAAAAGGAGGCUUUCAUUGCCUUAGAAUACCUGCUGGACAACAAUGCCGACCCUUCGCUUCGUGAUAAACAGGGAUAUGCUGCUGUUCAUUAUGCAGCUGCUUUUGGCAACAGACAAAACUUGGAACUACUCCUAGAGAUGUCAUUUAACUGCCUGGAUGAUGUGGAAAGCACUGUACCAGUUAGCCCUUUGCACUUAGCUGCCUACUAUGGUCACUAUGAUGCCCUGAAAACUCUAGCAGAAACGCUGGUGAACCUGGAUGUACGUGACCACAAAGGCCGCACUGCUCUUUACCUCGCCACAGAAAGGGGAUUCACAGAGUGUGUGGAGGUUCUGAUGAGCCAUGGGGCCUCUCCACUCAUCAAGGACCGCAAAAAAAAGUGGACACCAUUGCAUGUAGCAGCUGCCUCUGGAAACACUGAUGUUCUGCACCUGCUGAUUGAUAGCAGUGAGAGACUGGACAUUACUGAUGUAACAGAUGCACAUGGCCAAACUCCCUUAAUGCUUGCUGUGAUGAAUGGACAUGUUGACUGUGUUCACCUGCUGCUGGAGAAAGGAGCCACUGUAGAUGCUGGAGAUAAAAGAGGAAGAACCACACUUCACAGAGCAUCUGUAACCGGUUGUGAAGACUGUGUGGGUGCUCUGCUGGACCAUGAUGCCUUUGUGCUGUGUCGGGACUACAAGGGACGCACUCCUAUUCACUUUGCUGCAGCUUGUGGCCAUGCAACACUGGUGCAUGUGUACUUGCAGGCUGCACUCUCUACAGACCCACUGGAUGCAGUGGUGGAUUACAACGGAUACACUCCCAUGCACUGGGCUGCUUACAAUGGGCACGAAGAUUGUUUGGAAUUGUUACUUGAACACAACCCAUUUGCUUACCUCGAAGGAAACCCUUUCACCCCUUUGCACUGUGCAGUAAUAAACAGCCAAGACGGUACGGCUGAGAUACUUAUAGAAGCUAUGGGUGCCAAGAUUGUUAAUAGCAGAGAUGCCAAAGGGAGGAUUCCUCUUCAUGCUGCAGCUUUUGCUGACAACGUCAAUGGUUUACAGCUGCUGCUGCGACACCAGGCUGAAGCUAAUGCCGCUGACCAGUCGGGUCGAACACCUCUGAUGAUGGCAGCAGAAAAUGGAAGAACUGCAGCAGUGGAGUUCCUGCUGUUUCACAUGAAGGCUGAUUUAACUGUGAUGGAUAUAAACAAGAACACUGCUCUUCACCUAGCCUGCAGCAAGGGUCAUGAAAAGUGUGCCUUGCUGCUUCUAGGGGAGACUAGGGACCUUGGCCUUAUCAAUGCAACAAACAGCAUGCUGCAAAUGCCGCUCCACAUUGCUGCUCGAAAUGGACUUGCAUCUGUUGUCCAAGCUUUGCUUACAAGAGGAGCUACUGUUUUGGCUGUGGAUGAGGAAGGUGAGGAUUGCACCGAUGUAGCUCUUGAACAAAUACUAUUAGCAGGUCACACCCCGGCCUUGGCCUGUGCUCCCAACAAAGACGUAGCGGAUUGCUUGGCACUUAUCCUAUCCACCAUGAAGCCUUUCCCACCAAAAGAUGCCAUCCUCCCCUUCAGCUUCAACCUCCUGAAGAACUGCGGCAUCGCUGCCAAGACUGCCAUCCCCAAUGGUGGCAGUUGCCCCUACACAAAGGAUCGGCACAGUUCCAUUGCCAUGGAUGGCUGCUACACUGAGUAGCUCUCCCCGCCCUGCGGGUUACCCAAAACCUUACUUUUAUUUAUUUAGGAUAAAGUAUAGGGCACUUUUAAAGGAGAACAAGACACAGCAUGUAUGAAGUGAGCUGUGCCUGGGUCUUUUUUAUUUUUAGUUGCUCUUUUGAGCUGUCCUGGCCUGCACUGAAGCUUACGUAGUAUUGUACCUUCCUGUAUUUAGGAGGGAGGCCCAGGUUGGGUGGAACAGAGUUUUACUGCUGGGUACUUUUUAUUCUGUGGUUCUUGAAUCAGUUGCCGAAGAUUUCACAAUCUUGUGUUGUUGAAGGUGAUAGAGGCCUCCAUUGCUGUAUUUUGGAGGUUUCCCCUGUGCAAUUCAUGUCUUUGCUGCUGUAAGAUCAUGAAAGCCAUUAUACUGUUAAAGGGUCACCAGGCCUUAAUAUUUAUUUCAGGGGCAGCUCAAUAAUUCUGUUUAGGGUUACGGGACUACAUGGGCAAGCGGCACCUUAACUUCAUUCUAAAUCUAUUGUUCUUUCUUUCCACUUUUUACAAUCCUUUAGAAGCUGUUCCUUAACAGUCCUUCUGUCUCAUGCCUAAUAUAAAUACUAGGCACUGCAAAAUCUCAUGCUUUUCUCUUUAUGCAAAUGUGGUGCUGCGUUUUAGCCAAUUGAUGGAUCCCUGGUUGACAUUCCCACUAUGCACUGCUGCAAAAUCCCCCUGCCAGCUAGGCACUUUAGUGAUUCUAGUGCUUUAUUCUUUCUCUGGUCUUCCCAUCAUCUGUCACCAUUAGUUGUGAUGUCUGCCAUGCCAUCAGUAUUUGAAAUAUUUCUAGUACUACAUCAAUCCUCUGGGGAACCAUAACUUCCAUGGCUUAGACAGGUACAAAUCAUCUGUCUCUCUCACCUAUCCUCACUAGGAUGCUAAUAGCUGCAGUCUCCUUUUCAGAGCAUAAUUUGCACUUAGUCCUAAUAGGUGUGCGAGUAUGUGUGUAAUGUUUUAGUAUUAGAUGUUUACUUGCGUUUAUGUGAUGUGACAUGUUUUGCAUAUGGGUAUUCUCAGAAUGUAAGAAUGGUGCUUUUUUUUUUUUCUCCCCCCAAUGAAAUUGUACUGUUGAUUUAAGCAAGUAGUAAAAUUCAUGAAUCCAAACCAUUGUUCUGUACAACGCAAUAAGACGCAGCAGAUUGGGCAACUUUAGUUAACGUUUCCGUGACUGUUACAAAGUUUUAUGGAAUCUUUGGCAUUAGUUCAUCCACAGUGGGUUAUCAAAGUGUCCUCCAAAUCUAUUCAUUUAUGACUUGGUAUGGAUUUUUGUUCCUUUUAACUACCAAAAAGACUUUAGUCAGUUGCUAAAAGAUAUAGAUGGCUAAAGGGAUCAAUUGUUUUAAAUAAGAAAGAUGAUGGUGCUAUACACUUUUAGUUUUAAAGUCCUUUAUUCCCCUGCCCAUUUCAAACCAUUUCCACUUUUAACUUAGUGUAAUGUUUUAAUAGGUUAAAUCUUCUAUGUGUCCUACUGCAUUUCACCAGCAAAAUGAUCAAGCGAAACUAUUCCACUUUUCACUUUAUACAUCCUAUAUUUUAGCUGAUAUUCAAGUUCAAAGUCCAGGAUGAGCUUAAAAUACUCCAUAUUCAAAAACAGUUUUAAGUAGUCUUCAGUUAAACCCAAUUGUUUACGGUCUAUUUUUCAAAAUAAAAGGCUGAUGAGAAGGUGUCGGAUUGUGUUUCUGUCCUUCCUUGGGUACAUUGUUUUUAGUGUGCCAGUAAUCAGCCAAAAAAAAAAAA